AUGUUAAGUACUUACGCUAUCCGUCUGGUCAUAUUGUGGGUACCCGUGCCGGCCUCCCGUCUUGGUCGGGAACCAGAGUGCUCCUGUUUCCACUACGAGGAGCAGCUCCUGGAGAAGAUGGUCCCAAUAAUCAACCAGAGGAUUUCAGAGACCAUCCGCAAGAAAGAAAUAAAAACCAAUGAAGUAAAAGGUGUGAUUGGUUCUUUAUAUACCCGCUGGGGUCGCUCUACUUGCCCCACAGGAUCAGUAUAUCUCUUCGAUGGAUUUGUAGCGGGGGUCUACUAUGACUACCCUGGAGGUGGUGUGAACUACCUUUGUCUACCUAAGGACCCUAUCUGGGCUGAUGGGAAUCGAACAGCACGUUUUCCAGGCUCGAUUCAUGGUAACGAGUACCAGACAAGCAACAGCUAUGCAAAUAUUUGGAACCAUCUUAGCGACCACGAGGCCCCGUGUGCCGUGUGCCAAGCCAACGGACCAACUAUGAUGAUCCCGGCCAGGAAGGUGUGCUACGACGGUUGGAGGCUUGAGUACCACGGGUACCUGAUGACAAUUUACUGUUCACACGAAGGCAGUAAGGAAUACUUAUGUGUGGACGCAGAGGCUACUGCAGCUCAAGGCAGCAGCCCUAGGAACGAGAACGGAGCUUUAUUUUAUUUUGUGAAACCUGCAUGUGGUUCUCUGAAAUGUCCGCCUUACGACGAAAAUAAGAUUCUUGUCUGUGUUAUUGUUCCAUUCAUGGGUCUUCAAAUAUCCAGGACCACGUAG